AUGGCCAGCAAGAGAGCAAGAGGACGACGGCAUGGAACACGCAUCAUUGUUAUCAUAUCCGGCGCACGAACAGAUGAGCGGAGAGACAAUGAAGAGGGCGAAGGCGAGGGCAAGAGCAAGGCGGACGCCAGCACGCGGGAGACAUCCGUUCCGGCGCAGUUCCACGAGUUUGUUGGUUGGAGCGUCCAGAGUCAUGGAACGGUGCGAGUCGCAGUCCGUUCAACCAGCCCAACGGACCGACAGGAAGGAUGGCGACCUCAUCCGGGUCCAGAAGAACGCGUGAGCCCUCCUGGAGCACCAGAGUGUGCCGCCAGACCAUCCAGGCUAGAGGCCCAGAUGCAGCAGCAGCAACAACAACAACAACAACAACAACAGCAGCAGCAGCAGCAGCAACAGCAGCAGCAGCAGCAGCAGCAGCAGCAUCAUCCCACGUUUGCUAUGCUCCAUUCGCGACACAUGCGGCGCGACACUGUCACCAGCCCGUUAUCCAUAUCAGGACCGUCCGGCUCGGAGGACCCACGCCACGGACCAAGCUCACCGUUUGCCUCCUCCACCAGGGACCUGCACACCCACAAGGCACGGGCGCAUCGAUUGCGGUGA